AUGGCUCACAUGCUUGAAGUAUCCUUCAAGAGUGAUAACAAUAGUUUUCCUCAAACAGAUCUUCGAGGAAAUUUUAUGGAAAAUUCUAUUGGCCAGAUCGAGACUUGGAACUUAGGACAAUUUAAUUAUGUUUGGAAUUUUGAAUCUGAAAGGAUAUUGGAGACUUGUAGUUUGGACGAUAAUCAUAGUGUUGGAAAAAUAAGAUUAUCCAAUUAA